CUAUCGCGCCGGAAGAGAAGACAGCCUCUUUCCCAGCCAUCUUUUGGCUUACUAGCAAGCGAGCUCAUCGCUCCAGGCCUCGUAGAAUCGGAGGAACAUCCACCUCUUAAGGGGCCAUCAUGCCCGGUCAUUUACAGGAAGGCUUCGGCUGCGUCGUCACCAAUAGGUUUGACCAGCUAUUUGACGACGAAAGCGACCCCUUCGAGGUAUUGAAGGCGGCCGAGAACAAGAAGAAGGAGAGUGUCGGGGGACCGGGCCAGGGAUCUGGAAAAACUGCAGCCCAGGCCGCCAAGCAACUCAAAAAAGAGUCUCAGAAAGAAAGGAAGAACCCUCUGCCCGAUAAAAAGGAGGAGAGCCAGCCGCCCGUAGCCCUCAAGAAGGAAGGCAUCAGGAGGGUUGGCAGGAGGCCCGACCAGCAACCGCCUCAACCCCAGCAAUCGUCUCCACAGGCACCCCAAGGUGAACUUAAGCCCAUUGACAGAAGACAAACGGAUAGGAGGCCACCACGUGAACGUCGCUUUGACAAACCAACAGAAGAGAAGGGAGGAGAAGGAGGAGAGUUUUCUGUGGACAGACCCAUUAUUGAUAGACCUAUUCGUGGCCGUGGGGGGCUUGGAGGAAGAGGAGGUCGUGGCGGGCGUGGACGUGGAUUAGGCAGAGGAGGAGAUGGCUUUGACUCCCGUGGAAAACGUGAAUUUGACAGGCACAGUGGUAGUGACAGAUCUUCUUCACAUUUCAGUGGCUUGAAGCAUGAGGAUAAACGGGGCGGAAGUGGACAACACAACUGGGGAAAUGUUAAGGAUGAAAUGAGCGAGCUGGACCAGUCUGCCGUCACUGAGGAAGCACCGGAAGCAGAAGAAACGCCUGCUGCUGAUUCUGAAAACAAGGAGAAUGAAGUCGAAGAGGUUAAGGAAGAAGGUCCAAAAGAAAUGACUCUGGAUGAAUGGAAGGCAAUGCAAGAUAAAGAGAGAGCAAAAGUUGAAUUUAACAUCCGCAAACCAAAUGAGGGAACCGACGGUCAAUGGAAAAAGGGUUUUGUCCUUCACAAAGCCAAGAGCGAGGAGGUAAAUUUAAUCGAGGAGGUCCAUGCUGAAGCUGAUGCUCUGGAUCACCAUUUCCGUAAGCCUGCAAAUGACAUCACUUCCCAACUUGAGAUAAACUUUGGAGAUCUAGGCCGUCCUGGGCGAGGCGGUAGAGGAGGACGAGGUGGUCGUGGACGUGGAACUGGAGCAGGAGCUGCAGCAGCAGCUGCUGCAGCAGCAGGAGGAGGAGGAGGACCAGUAGGAGCAGGCAGCAAUCCUGCUGUUGCUGGUGGAGGAAGACCAGUUCGUGGACCUAGACCUGAUAAGUUAAGUACUUCUGCUCCUGACGUAGAUGAUCCCGAGGCUUUUCCGGCUUUGGCGUAAACUGGAUGGCUAUAGUCCACCCCUGGUGCCCUUGAGGCUCCCCUUCUACGAGGCUUGCAUGUUUAAGGAUACUUAACAACUACUACAAAUAAAAAAAAUUAAAAAAAAAGACUGUCAAUCAUACCAUUCACACCUAUGGACUGAAAUUUAUCUGUUUUGAAAAUGGACUUCUCGCUAUUUACACAGAAGCAACAAUAUGGUAGUCCAGUUUUGUAUUUAGAGAUGUAUUGGUAGCAGGGACAUUUUCAUAAUUUUUCAGAGAUUAUGCAUUCUUCAUGGAUACUUUUUUGUAUUGCUGCUUGAAAAGAUGCGUUUCCAAACUUGAAAUAUAGGUGUGAACAGUGUGUACCAGAUAAAGCUUUCACUUCA